AUGGACACACACGCACACUCUUUCUCCCCCUCUCCUCCCCUCUUUCUCCCCCUCUCCUCCUCUCUUUCUCCCCCUCACCUCCUCUCUUUCUCCCUCUCCUCCUCUCUUUCUCCCUCUCCUCCUCUCUUUCGCCCUCUCAUCCCCUCUUUCUCCCCCUAUUCUCCCCCUCUCCUCCCCUCUGUCUCCCCUUCUCCCCCUCUCUUUCUACCCCUCUCCUCCCCUCUGUCUCCCCCUCUCCUCCCCUCCCCUCUUUCUCCCGCUCUCCUCUCCUCUGUCUCCCCCUCUCUUUCUCCCCUCUCCUCUCUUUCUCCCUCUCCUCCCCUCUGUCUCCCCCUCUCCUCCCCCUUUCCUCCUCUCUUUCUCCCCCUCUCCUCUCCUCAUUCUCCCACUCUCCUCCUCUCUCUCUCCCUCUCCUCCCCUCUGUCUCCCCCUCUCUUCCCCCUUCCCUCCUCUCUUUCUCCCCCUCUCCUCAUUCUCCCACUCUCCUCCUCUCUCUCCCCCUCUCCUCCCCUCUGUCUCCCCCUCUCCUCCCCCCUCAGCUGCUGUCCUUACUCAGUAGAAUCCAUGGUGCUGACGCUGGAGAACCUUAUCGCUCACUCUCCUUCUAGAGAAAUCUGGGACACUUUGUCAAAAACAUUUUCAGAUGGUUUUUGA